AUGCCUUACGUUUCGCUUUUAAAACCUAGCCAAAACAAGAUCCUGGUGUCGAUCGCGGAGAAAGUCAAGGAGUUCUUCCGAAAUUUGGCGGAUUUUGUGGUUGCUGGUGACGGUAACUCCAAGGAUGCGAAGAAGGACGUAGAGGAGGGAAUUAACGAGGCCGAGGAGGUUAAGAACAGCCCCGAGAAGUCCAGAUCUCUCUUUCCGGCGCAGAAUAAUGUGGACAAGAGCCUCGAGCUGGCACCGACGAUUGUGCCUUGCGCGUUGGACCUCUCAACUUUGCAAAGCCCUAUUUCCAUGACCAAGACCCCCGAAGGGCACCUGGACUGGCAGCUAAUGGCCCCUUCGAUGACGGGCGACGCAGCCGGACCCAAUGGUCCUCCGAGCUUCGCUCCCACGCUGAAUUCCCCGGAGAGCAUUGAAUGUAAGACCGAGGACGACGAACACGGGUGCUCGGACAAGGACCAGAAAAGGUUUGUGUGCCACUACUGCAAUGCCAAGUUUUACAUAAGAGGGUACCUGACUAGACACAUCAAGAAACACGCGGUCGAGAAGGCUUACUACUGCCCAUACUUCAACGCGGACGCCCCCAAAGACCAGCGCUGCCACACGACGGGCGGGUUCUCCAGAAGAGACACCUACAAGACACACCUGAGGUCUAGGCACUUUAUUUGCCCCAAGGGCGUGAGAAGCCAAGAAAAAGCAAAGUCUUCGGGCCGCUGUGCCCACUGCAAUGAGCAGUUUGACAAAACUGACGACUGGAUCAAGAGCCACGUCGAGGCAGGCGAAUGCAAGGGCCUUCCUGACGGCUUCAAGGUGGCAGUUAAGAGCAGCAGAAAGACGGGCAAGUUGAAGAUGAUCAAAACCUCAAACGGUCACUCGAGGUUCAUUUCCACCCAACAGUGCGUCAUUGAGCCCAGCGUCAUGCACAACAAAGAGGCGCUUGAGGCUACUGCCAUCGUGAUUGACCAGUCUAAGAAUAAUGGAAACCCCCUUGAGUCUACCGUGCUCACCACCAAUGAUAACAAAAUUAUGCUAAACUCGGAGCAUUUUCAAGGCGCUUCUAAGACAAAGAAAAACAACAAGGUUUCACCAAAGAAGCCCGAAGUGGCGAGCCUGGACGGACCACAGGACAGUUUUUUCAAUUAUCCCAACAGCCAGGCCUCCCUGGGAACUGCACAGCCUCACCUACAAAGCUAUCCCUUCAGCCAGGUCACGCCUGUCAAAGAGACUUCUUUGGAUGAAGGCUGCUUGUCGAUGGACCCAUCGCCGACCGAGGACGCAGGCCUUGAGGCGGUUAAUUCUUCAUCGUCCGCUUCCUCACGUGUGUCUUUCCACGACCAUAACGUCAAGGACAACCAAGCCAGCUCUAUGCCUUACCCUAAUGCCCACGACGAUUUUUUCCAGUUUCCACUGGAUAUUGACCAGUGCCCCAUGAACCCCAUGUACUACGAGCGCCCUGUGCAGUCGCAUAACGAAGGGCUUGCAAGUGAAGGCUCUCAAAUUAACGAAACACUCAAUAAACAGAUGGAUGCAGUUGUGCUCAGUGAAAGACAUUUUAGAGAGAACCAGCAGUACUUGAACUUUUACAACUACACUUUUGAUUCCCACCUUUGA